AUGCACAGAGUCACAGCCAUCAUCCUCGUCCUCGCAAUUGCAGUCUCCAGUGCUGCUGCAGAAAAAUGGGCAAGAAUCUGCUCAAGUCACCCCACAAACGAAAUCAGAGGUUGCGAUGCCCAGGGCUGCGGUGGAUAUAACAACCCCAGAGGAGGGAGGAAGCACAGGGGAGUGGAUGUGUUGUGCGAGGACGGCUCGGUGGUGUACGCACCCUUCCUGGCGAAGAUCGACAGACAAACCAAGCCCUACGGAAACGGCAAUGCCAUCGACAACGGAGUCCAGCUUUCAGGAUCAGGAUUCUGCAUUAAGAUGUUUUACAUCAAACCCGUCAAGUACAGCGGCCUCGUCAAGAAGGGAGAGAAAAUUGGCGUCAUGCUGCCUAUGCAAAGGGUCUACCAGGGAAUUAUGUCCCAUGUCCAUAUCCAGAACUGUGACUUAACAGAUCCCACUCCCAACCUGUAA